GGGAGUAGAAAGCUCAGCGGCAGCGGAGGGAGUCUAUGCGCGCUGGACAGCAGUGGGGGGUGUGUGAGAUUCGCACUGACUGCAGACACUCGGGCUCAAUCGCCGGGGAUUAAGGACUUGGCGACCGGGCUGCCGGGCUACCCGGCCGAGGCUUCAGAGGUGCAAAUUGGUGGGACUGGUUUGCUCAGCAGGGUCGUGCUAGUCUUUUAAGUACACUGAGAGGGGCCGGUGCUAAAGUAGAAGCUGUCUUGGGACGCGCGGCGCGGAGUCCCACUGUAGCCCGGAGGAACGGAGUCUGUGCUAGGGGGACUCACUCCGUCGGGAGCCUGGGGACCGAGCUUGCGUUGUUGGGAGAUACCCCCCUCUUCUUCCCAGAGGCGACAAUCCCAGGACCGUCGAGGCAUCGGGGCAACCACUGAGCGCUCUGCGGGGAGACCCCGUCGGGGAAAGGACUUGCGGUCUCAAACAGUCUGGGGGAGCCGAGCGGAAUCCGGCGGGAUCACUCGGGGGCGGCGAGCCCCCGUCGCGCCUCGUGCGGCGGAGAGGCCAGGGGAGAGCGUCCUCGGAGGCCGCAGCCCAUGCCCGUGUUGGGGACGCCUGCCCAGUGAGUCCUCCUGGCCAGCCGGGCGCAGGAGAGCGACCCCGAGGCCGGCGGGAGGGGAGUACUUCAAGGCCGGCGGCUGCGGAGGAUGGGCGCCUGAGUGGCUCCGAGCGCUGCGCGGCACGGGCAGGCGAGGCGAGCUUUACUGAGGAGGCGCCAGGGGAUCCUGAAGUGCAUCCUGCCCCCCCGGGAAAAUGGCCCGGCCUGGGCAGCGUUGGCUCAGCAAGUGGCUUGUGGCGAUGGUCGUGCUAACGCUGUGCCGGCUGGCCACGCCGCUGGCCAAGAACCUGGAGCCCGUGUCCUGGAGCUCUCUUAACCCUAAGUUCCUAAGUGGGAAGGGCUUGGUGAUCUACCCGAAGAUUGGAGACAAGCUGGACAUCAUCUGCCCCCGAGCAGAAGCAGGGCGGCCCUACGAGUACUACAAGCUGUACCUGGUGCGGCCAGAGCAGGCAGCUGCUUGCAGCACUGUGCUUGAUCCCAAUGUACUGGUCACUUGCAACAAGCCACAGCAGGAAAUUCGCUUUACCAUUAAGUUCCAGGAGUUCAGCCCCAACUACAUGGGCCUGGAGUUCAAAAAGUUUCACGAUUACUACAUUACGUCAACAUCCAAUGGGAGCCUGGAAGGGCUGGAGAAUCGGGAGGGAGGUGUGUGCCGUACACGUACCAUGAAGAUCGUUAUGAAGGUUGGGCAAGAUCCAAAUGCUGUGACACCGGAGCAGCUGACUACCAGUCGGCCAAGCAAGGAGUCAGACAACACUGUCAAGACAGCCACACAGGCCCCUGGUCGGGGAUCCCAGGGUGAUUCUGACGGCAAGCAUGAGACUGUGAACCAGGAAGAGAAGAGUGGCCCAGGUGCAAGUGGCGGUGGCAGUGGAGACUCCGACAGCUUCUUUAACUCCAAGGUAGCGCUGUUCGCAGCUGUGGGCGCUGGCUGUGUCAUCUUCCUGAUCAUCAUCAUCUUCCUGACAGUCCUACUCCUCAAGCUCCGCAAGCGCCAUCGCAAGCAUACCCAGCAGCGGGCGGCUGCCCUCUCGCUCAGUACCCUCGCCAGCCCCAAGGGGGGUAGUGGUACAGCAGGCACUGAGCCCAGCGACAUCAUCAUCCCCUUACGGACUACAGAGAACAACUACUGCCCCCACUAUGAGAAGGUGAGUGGGGACUACGGGCAUCCUGUCUACAUCGUCCAGGAGAUGCCACCUCAGAGCCCGGCGAACAUCUACUACAAGGUCUGAAGGCCCGGCGUGGCCUCAGGCUCCACAGGACACAUGGCCUGGACUGGCCUCUCUUUUCUCCCCCACGCCCCUCCCCUUGCCAGCUGUGCCCACCUUUGUAUUUAGUUUUGUAGUUUCUUGGCUUUUAUAAUCCCCCAGUUUUCCUGCCCCCUGGGCUUCGGAGGGGGGUGCUUGUGCCCCCAAUCCCCAUGCUCUUGUGCCUUCCCCCUCUGGCCAGGCCUCUGGGCUCUGUGGGGGCGCCCUUUCUUGGAGGGCAGGGUUGGACACUGAUGGACCGCAGGCAGGGAGGCAGCCCCCUGGCCCUGCCCCCUCCUCAUCCCCUUUACCCAUUCCCAGGACCGCUUGUCCACUAUCACCACUGUUUUAAUGCUUUUGUGUUCAUUUUUUUAGCUGUCAACUCAUUUUCAUCUGUUUUUUGAAAAAAAAAUGGAAAAAUGUGCAAGGCAGCCCCUGCCCAGGUUCUCUGAGCCUGGCCUGACCCAGCAGAAGAGGGCCUGGGGCAGGAUGUGGCCAGCCAGGAGGCAUAGGGUGGCAGUUCUUUUAUAGACUCCUCAGUAUUUCAGGGGAGUGGGGGAGGGCAUGCCUGCGAGGGAAGAGAGGAGAGCCGCUGGGCUGGGUGUCCCACCCUCCUUUUCUGACCCUCAUAAUUCAAUGCUGUUCCUAGCAGUGGGGUAGUGACUACCACCCUUCUACCAAAAAAAAAAAAAUCCCUUCCUUGUGGGAUUCUUGGGCAUCUCCUGCCUCCUUCACUCUCACGGUAAUUAAUGUCUUAAUUGGCUGUUGCCUGGGGAACAGGAGAGCUGCUGCAGGCAGAUGACCUCAUGGGGGGUGGAGGGAGGUGAGGUGCCCAGGUGGCUAUUUGCCCUGCAGAGCUGGGAGUUUCCCCCCACCACCCUCUUCUCUCCUCACCUUUGGCAUCUUUGGUUCUGUGGGGAAACAGAGGUCCAAGGUGGAGGAGAUCUAAGCGGGUGUAAGGCCGCGUGGCCUGCUCCUUCUCUGGGCUGUAGUAUGAGUAAGCACACACACACACACACCCCACUCACUUAGUUUGGCUCCCACGGACCCCCCUAGUUUUGAGCUGGGGCCUGGAAAGAGGAAGAGGCUGCUUGGGGCUGGGCCAGCCUGCAGUGCACUUUGACCCCAGCUCCUUGCCAGCCCGGCUGCUAACAGACUGCCACUCAAGCGCACCUUGCAGGCACUCCCAGGGCUGCCGUGGAAGGAACUGGGCCUCACACCACCCACCUCCACACUGCCUCCUGGCUAGCUGCCCACCCCAGUGCCAGGUGGGAAAGGGAGCAAAACAGCCAGCCCCUUCCAGGUGGCAGUCGGAAGGGAUUUUUGUUUUUGUUUCUGUUGCCAUUUGUGUAAAUACUAGUCUUUUUGGAAGAAAUAAUGUAAAGAUGUUUUGUAUAAACUCUGAAUUAUUUUCUUGUUGCUUUUUUCUUAGAAAAAAAAAUGAGAACUAAAAAAAAUUAACCACAUGGAGAAAUGAGUGUGAACUAGUGUCAUACUGUCAGGGAAUGAGGUGUGAUAGUGUGUCUGUACAUUUGCCUGCACUUGCAUGCGAGAGAUCGCCUUUGCCGAGCCGCAGGCAGGGCAGCUGGCUGUCCUGAGAAGCCAGUUGCUUCGAGCUCCCAUGCUCUCCCUGCCACUUUCCACCUCGUGAUUUGUCUCUGUCUCCUUGUUCCGCUGUCAUGGUGCCUGAGUCCAUCCCUCCACCCUGUCUAUCCUGUCACCUCUGUGGCAUAGGCCACAGACAUCUGCCCAGUCUGGCACCAGGCUCCGCCAGAAAGGGUUGAUGGGGAGGGGGUGUUUCCAUGGGGAACCUGGGUGUGUCUGCAGGUACUGCCACCAGCUGGUUGGGACUAAAUGUGGAACCUGCUGGCAGGCCCAGCCCUGUCCUGCCCCAAGAUGCCUGGAGCUGGAGAGAAAGAGCAUCAGAAAAUGGCCCACUGGGCACCAGGGUGACUUUUCCUGUAUUCACAAUGGAGCCACACCAGAGGCGCCACCAUGGUAUACUUGAUGGCUUCUGGCUGGAAGUGAAGGCCCUGAAGCUAGAGCAGCCCUGAGUGCUCGGGCUCCCUUCCACAGGCCGAUGAGUAACCAACUUGUUCAGGUCAGAGUGUGGUAAGGGCCCUAAAGAGGGCUUGGCUCCAUCCUAUGGCAGGAGGUGCAGACUGGCAGGGCCCAGAGCAUCCUGCAGGCCCCGUCAAGGGAUUGCCUCUGGCAGUGGCUAAGACAGUUAUCAGGGGAGGAGGACAAGUGAGAUCCCACCAGCUAAAAAUGGGUAAGAAGGUGAUAGAGAAGAGGAGGAGGAAGAAAUUGGAGGGUGAGAAAGGGAUGGAGAGCAGGAAACCUAGGGGAGCAGGCACCGAACAGGCCCAGCUCACAGAGAAAUGGGGAGCGUACAGAAAAGGGAGAGGAGGGAAAAGAGGCUGGGCUAGAAUAGGGCUGGGCCAGCCUGGGGUGCUGCUGGAGCCAGCUGGGGCAGAGUCUGUUUAUUUGGUUUCUCAUUAACCAAAGGAAGUGCUUGGAUCAGAUCAGGCCUCUGCUAUUUGACUGCUUGCCCAGAGUGGGGCCCAGCUUGGGCUGAGGGUCUCUGUCCAGGGCUAGCUCUGGACAGAUUAGCAUCUGACUGACCUCAGGUCGGGUUGAGCCUUACCUAUACUUCCCCAAUAAAGUGCCCUUUAGUGGUCCUCUAA